UGGUCAGAGUACAAUGGUCAUCCAGUGCACAUGUGAUUGCAACUGCAGUGAUAGUAGAGACAACCGGAGCCUCAUCUCCUGCCUGAUCCCGGGCAGAAGCCAGCCCCUCAAGUGGGGAUCGUCGGCCGGCGGCGAUGUCGAUAACGGAUCAUCGGAGGAGCAUCAUCACCGGACCCCCUACUACCGCCGCCUCUCGAAUACCUCAUCGGCGCUCUACGGCAGCUGUCCCCAGUUAUUGCCCCCCAGCACGAGUGGAGGAGUCUCUGCUUCUGCUGCUGCUGCUGCUGCCCAUCCCCCAGCCGCCUGUCUCCAGCGCCUGCUCCGCCACCCCGAGGCGGAGGAGCGACAGUACUCGAGUCUGGUGAGGCCCAAGCAGCGGAGUCCCGUGCUGUGCAACAAAUCCUGGUGGGUCUCCUGUCCACGCCUCUCCACGGUCCAAGCGAAAAUGCAGCCCUGUCAUAGCGGAGGAGGAGGAGGAGGAGGAGGAGCCGGUGGCACACCACCACCGCCACCCGCCCUGCCCAGAUUUCCCAGCAAGCGGCAUUGUGACAAUUUUGGCAGCUACGCCACAUUGCCCACCAUUGAGCAGCAGUCACAACCAAUGCCCCACUGCAGUCGACACGGAGUCCUGGGCGGUGGUUCCGGCGUAAUGCCAGUUCCGCCGCCGCCCCGCUACGCCAAUCCCAAUUUGAAUGGCUGCUGUUACAUGUACAAUCCCGUGACCACCGCCCAUCAGAGUCACCUCCAGCCGCCCCAGCACCACCACCAGCUCCAGCACCAGCACCAGCACCAUCCCACCCAUCAGUAUGCCCCGCAGUAUUGCCUCUGCGAUAAUUGGUACCAUCAGCCGCAGCAGCAACAGCAGCAGCAGCAGCACCUCCAACAAAGGAGCAAGCCUCUGGUGGCCAACGGUGGCUGCUAUUUUGGCUACGAGUCCCACCAGAACCCUCCGCACACUAUAGCCCAUCCCAGCCACAUAACGGACGAGGAGGACUCGGCGUUUCCAGGACUGCCCGAUCGGGAGUUCCAUUUGCUGCAUCGGAAUAUACCCGCCUUGCGACGCACUGGAGUGGACACGACACGCAUUAGACAGUACUUUUAUCCCGACGGCGGCUGGGGCUGGAUCAUUUGCGGUGUGUCCUUUCUGGUCCACAUCCUGACCACCGGAUUGCAGCUGAGCUAUGGCCUUUUGUUGUUCUAUGCCGUCCAGUAUUUGCAUAAUACCAGUGGCGUAGAACUGCUGGGCGCCUUGAGCUGGUCAGUCUCCAUGGUGGCCACAUCGUUUGUGGUGUCGCUGUGUCGCAAACGCUCCAUCCGCCUCCUGUCCAUCGUCGGGGGAUUGGUGAUGCCUUUGGGCAUUCUGUUCACCUCAUUUGCCACCGAGUUUGGCCAGGUUGUUUUCAGUUACGGCAUCGUCUUCGGUGUUGGGGUCGCCAUGGUGCGGGAGGCAUCCACCGUGAUGCUGGGCAAUUACUUUAAGCGGCGCCGUCAAUUCGUCGAAAUGGUGGCCAUGUCCGGCGAGGGUGUUGGCAUCGCUUUGUUCUCCGUCAUCCUGAAGGAGGGCGUGGGCAAGGCCGGCUGGCGCCUGGGCCUUCAGAUCGUCGCUGCCCUGACGGCACUCAGCUUCUUCAUGGGCCUAAUGUACCGGCCCGCCUCCUUGUACCAUCCCCAGCGACGGGCCAUUCAGCAUCUGAAAAAUCAACGCAAGAAGAUGCGCGAGAAGAAGCCGAUUCUCAGCCAGGAUGUGGAGAUCAGCUCCCCAAGAUAUUUAUUUUUGGACAUAUCAUCACUGAAGUCGGUGACUGUUAAAAUCUUACUCAUGACCUCCAGCGUGGCCUCCUUUGGCAUCUAUACGCCCAUGUUCCUAAUGGCCCUCAAUGCCGCCGAGCAGGGCUCCGAUGUCCAAGAACUGGUGCUCCUGCAAACAUUCCUGGGCAUUUCCAUGGCCUUGGGUGUGGUCAUAGCUGGUGCCUUGCUGCGGCGUUGCUUUGUGAUUAGGCACUUUGUGAUCAAUACGAAAAUAGUCACUCAGAUCUUCAUAUCAAUUGUGGCCUUGGCUAUCCUCUUUCUAUCCUUUGUCAUGGGCUAUACGGGCCUGUGCAUACUGAGCUGGCUAUAUGGCAUUGGCCUGGGCGGGUUUCAAUAUUCAUUGAAAAUUCUGGCACUAGAACGCAUCAAGCUGAAACACUUUUCCAAGGCCUGGGGUUUCAUACGGGGUGUCGAAUCAGUUCCUGUGCUGAUAAGCGUUCCACUCACCUCGUUUCUGAAUGAUUACUCGCUCAAGUAUGGCCGGGCGGGCUAUUAUAUAUGCUCGGCGGCAGCAGCCAUUUCGGGCAUCAUUAUUUUCUUUAUAAGUGAACCGCAACAGCAGCAGCAGCAUUCGCAGCAGCACCAGGAUCAGGGGCAUCAUCAUUACCCACACCGGAAUGGUCAUCUGCCGACUCCCUUGCUGGUGCGCCACUCCUCUGCCCGGCAGCAUCGCACGCAUCUACCGCUGGACUAUGGCUAUGGGGAGUAUCCGGCACCAGAUCUCCUCAGUCGCAGCUGCAUUAGUCUCAAUCAAAUGGAGCCAUAUCUCCAGCAGACCAGCUAUUGCCAGCGCCACAUGAUGCAGCAGCAGCAGCAACAGCAACAUCAACAGCAGCAGCAGCAUUCCCACCUCCAGCAGUUGGCCUGUCACAAUCUCGAUCAGGUCCGCGAAGCCUACCAGCUGGGACAGGGUAGCAUUGGCGCCAGGAUGGGCAAGCGGCUACAGCGGAGCCUGUCCUUCAUCCAGCAGCACAGCAACUGCUGCGACGGGCAGAUGUACUGCAGCUGGCACAGCACCUACGAGCUGGGCUGUCACAAGAGCAACAAGUGACAGCAGCAAACGGACAGACAGCCAUUGAUAUGCACCUGCAGCAGUCCGAAUGGCCAGCAACAUUCCCACUCCACUGGCUAUGGACUACCCGCCGCCAGCUCCGCCCGCAGUCGCAGUGUUCCGGAGGGAUUGUCCACCAUGUCGCAGCAGUGUAACUGCCGGCACGGCCCGGUUGGGGGCGGACACGCGGGACCCACGCGGGAGUUCAUCUACGUGCCGCAUGCCUACGCCUCCCUGCAAAGGACACCGCAUCGGCACAGCCAGGGGGCAGGCACGGGCACGAGUGCGGGUGCCGGAGCCGCUCCUGGUGCCUCCUGUUCGGCAUUGCGAAACAAUCCUCAAUGCCGACUGAAGCGCUCACAAUCGCUGUGCCGACCCACAGCCGUGCAGUUCGUUGAGCAAAUCACCACGUCCGUGUAA